GGUCCUAUUGGAGCUUCCUCCCAGGCAGAUCGCAGGGGGAGGAGGCUCUCUCUCGCCAGAAGGUGGGCCUAAAAGGAGGGCGCCACUUCCUGCCUGAAAAUGAAUGAGUCCACGGGGAAGGAGGUAGUUCCCCUCUUGAUCAAUUCAUCUGAACAGUUGAUCCAGGAGAAAACCCAGCUCUUUUUCUAUCCAGGCGAAAAAUAGCAAAGAUUUGCACGGAGAACCACCUUUGUUCUGCAGUUCUGAACAACUUGCCUUUGCAACCUCGAAGUUGCCUUUGCUGCUCGGUCCUCAUUCCAGGCGGCGCGAUCACGGCAAUCGUGGGCUGCUUGAGCUGAUCUCCAUUGCUUCCCCACCCCCUCUUCUGUCUCGCGCUUUCUGUCUUGUAAGAUCCGGAUUGUUCCUGAUCUCCAACGACGUAUCUGGAAUAGUUUCUGCGGGUGAGUGUGCAUUUUAAAAUCACAACCUAAUCAGGAUCUAAUACCGACUAACAAGGUAAAGGGCUUAAACGGAAUCAGCAAAGAUUUUUCUGCUGCUGAGUCAUCCAUCAAUACCAUGGGAAACAUUUCAUCCAAUAUCUCUGCCUUUCAGUCUCUGCACAUUGUCAUGCUGGGUCUGGAUUCUGCAGGCAAAACUACAGUGCUCUACAGGCUUAAAUUCAACGAAUUUGUUAACACGGUGCCUACCAUUGGCUUCAACACUGAAAAAAUCAAGCUAAGCAAUGGAACUGCAAAGGGCAUCAGCUGCCAUUUUUGGGAUGUAGGUGGGCAAGAGAAACUGAGGCCUCUGUGGAAAUCCUAUAGUCGUUGUACUGAUGGUAUCAUUUAUGUGGUGGACUCUGUUGAUGUGGACAGGCUAGAAGAAGCCAAAACAGAGCUGCACAAAGUCACCAAGUUUGCAGAGAAUCAAGGCACUCCCUUGUUAGUGAUUGCCAACAAGCAAGACCUGCCAAAAUCUUUGCCCGUGACAGAAAUAGAAAAACAGUUGGCUCUUCAUGAGCUAACUCCAUCCACCACUUACCAUAUACAACCAGCCUGUGCGAUCAUUGGUGAGGGUCUCACAGAAGGUAUGGACAAACUCUAUGAGAUGAUUCUCAAGCGCAGAAAAUCCUUAAAACAGAAAAGGAAACGAUAGGCAAGAACAAACUGCAUUCCAUUAGAUCAUAGUCUGACUUGCUAGCUUGAAGUAGUUAAAAGUAGCAGUCAGAUGCCCUUUUAUAUUAUUUUCCAUAGUAUCAGAGUGUCCUUCAAAUAUGCUGAUUUUUUACAAGUUCAGAUGAUAACAUUAUGCUGACUACCAUUUGGGAUGCUGGUCAGAUGUAUGCAUGCCAGCCUAUCACUUCCAUCCUGCUCUCAGGCCCCAUGAGCCAGUGGGAUAAGAGAAGGCCUCUUCGUAAUAUUCUAGGACUAGAAGGCAGGCAAGCAGAAACUUUUCCUAUCAGUUGCUUCUGACCUUGUGAACUUCAAAUAUGCAAGAGGCUCCCCUCAUUCUUUGGACAAUUCCUGUUUUUUAAAUAUAUAUAGCUAACGGGAGAAACUACACUGGGAGAGAAAAAUCAUAAAGCUUGAUAUGUCAGGGCAGGUCCCUGUUCUAUUCAGAUUAAGAUUUGUCAAAUGUACUUGUGGCUAUUAUCAAGAUCAGCAAAUAUGUAAUAGCUGAACGAAUGAGGCUGGGCUACUUCCUGGAGUAAUUUUUAUGUGUUUGGAGGGAAGUAACUUGUGUUCCCUGUCAUUUUGUUGAGUGUAAGGAUAUACAUAGUGGGUGGACUGUUCUUUUUCUUUUUUUCCCCUGUAUUGUCUUUUGGAUAGGUUUUUAAAAUUGGGUAGAGGGCUGUGUGUGUUAUCAUGUAUUCCUAUAUUAAAAAACGAAGUUGGUGGUGUGCUGAUGCACUUGAAUUAAAAAAUGUGAGCUGCUUGGAUCAUUUGUGACCAGUAGCUGCCUCUUGGUGCUGCUUUAUAAGCAUUACAUUAGAAAACGUCUUUUCAUAAGCCUAGACACUGUAGCAAUAACCACUAAACAACUUUUUUAAAAAUACCACGUCCUUGUAACUUUGAACUGUAGCCAUAUUGUGUUUCCAACAUUUAAUCUAACCAGACAAUCUGACUCAUAAUUCAAUUUAUUACUUUAUAAUUAGAUGGCUUUCAUAAUCCAAAGGAUUGCAACUGUGAAUAGCAGUGAAGGAAAAUUCAGAUUUGGGCUGUGGUGUAGAAGAUGUAGAACCAAAAGGACAAUCUGAACUUUCUGCUGAGAAAAAUCCCCAGUCUAAUAAAUUAACAUUCCUUCCUGUUUAAAUCCAUGGUUUACUGUUGUGAUUGUCAAGAAUAUAGUAAGAAGUAAACAUUAACAACACGUUAAUAUUAAUUUUAAAAGUACAGGAAAAUUGACAUUCUUUAUGAAUACUUGCAGUAAUAAUGCAAUCUGUACGUGUCUACCCAGUUGAAUUAUAUCCAACUACUUACAUUUAUUAGGAAUUAACCGUUUUAUGUUAUAUAAUAAAAAUAAAAGCAAACCUCAUUUAUAGUAUUUAUUUGUGAAUAAGGAUGUAUAGAUCAAGCUCUAAGGCUAAAGUCUUACAUAGGCUUAUUUGGGAGCAAUAUCUAUUGAACAUGGACUUAGUUUUAAUUGAGUCAAUAAUAUUGACCUUGGAAAAAACCCCAUUUCUAGAAAGAACAACAGAAAAAUAUAAGCUUACAUUUCAAAACAAAUUCCAAUUAGUUGAUUUUUUUAUUAGCAUUUUUCAUUUUUCUAUUAGUUCUUAUAGGCAACCCUUUUUUUAAGAAUGCAAUGACCUCUCUCUUCCAGCUAUAUUAUACUAGAUUAUUAUCAGAAACCAGAGCUGCUGCUACUUUUUUCUUUGCCUUUUUAUAUUUAAUACAGCUUCAGUUAUUGAAUAUUUGUCAUGCAGCUGUGAAAAGUACAGAAAUCCUGCAUGAUACUGGCAUCUGCUGCAAUUCAGUUUCUUUACAUGCUUGAGGAAUUUAUUUACAUGAAUGGAGAGUUUUCACUAAUCCCCAGAGUGGGCUGGUCCCAUUGUUUAAAAAGCAUUGCUUUUUAAAUGGUUAAUUUUUUCCACUUACAAUUCUCUCAGGCAUGUUUGUUAUUUCAUACUGGAAAAAGAAAGCGAAAGAAUAUAUUUAAUCCAAUUUUGAAGCUAAAUGCUGUAAAUUUUACAAUAUGGUUUAGGAAUGAAUUGCUGUUCAUAAUCAAAUUGUAUCAGAAGGGAGAGAUAGUUUUGGAUUCUUUUUUAUUCACAAAAUGUAUUUCUUGCAAAUAUUAGAAAAACAAAAUUUAUUCUGCUUUGUCAGAUCAAGUUGUACAGGUGUUAAAUUACUGCAGUUAAGCCUUGCCAGACAUACUAGGUAUUAAAUAUGCUAGUCUCUUUAGUGGAUUAAUUUUGGUAGCACAGAAAUAUGGAUCAUUUUGAGUUACACACAGUUAGAAACACUGCCAUGCAUAUUAUUUUUAAAGUCAGACUUUCUUGUACUCUUCAAAAAUAUUCCUGGCUAGUAUCUUUAUGAAUUAUCUGAGCAAAAGAGAAUACCUGAAGAUAUAUCAUGGUUUAAAAUGUUGCUUUUAAGGUAUUGUGUAAGCCUCAUUUCUAAGGCAGAUUUGUCCUAGUUUAAAUAUUUUGUUCUCUUCAAUAAUGUUUGUGGAGAAUGUUAUCAAAUGCUACAAGACACUAGUCUCAUUUUCUUCAUGAUGCACCAAUUAAAGUAUUCCAACAAAAUA